GUAAAAAUUUAUUAUAAAUAGUGUAAUAACAAUGGUGAUGAUAAGGAUAAGAAUAAAUUUAAAAAAGCAAAUGCAAUAGUUGAUAGUUGCGGUUUUUUUAAUAUAUUUCAUUAAUGGUUUUACAUUGAGAUUAUGUCUAGAGCCAGAUGGUAAAUAACAGUCUUUAAAUGGUAAUCGUAUUGCACGAACAACCAGGAACCGAGUAUAAAGGCAUCUGCUGAGCCGUUCGCUUAUCUUAGUUUUGUGAAAACCAAAGGGUCGUGCCAAACCACUCAUGAUUUCAAAAAGCUUAAUUGUCCUCGGUAUAGUUUUGGUGCCGAUUAUUUUAAGUGUACCACAAGGACCCUCUUAUCUACCGCCGAGUGGUGGACGACCAACUGGUGGUGGUAAUGGACAUCCCGAUGAUUGGGCUGGGGACCCAGUGAAUUAUGAAUAUUCAUACGAGGUUCAGGAUGCGGGACUUGGUGUGGAUUUCGGACACCGUGAAAUGCGAAAAGAGGAUGAAGCAAAGGGAAGUUAUCAUGUUCUACUUCCAGAUGGGAGAACACAGUUUGUAGAUUAUGUCGCCGACGCUGCUGGAUAUCGACCUGUGAUACGAUACGAAGGAACCGCGACAUACCCAGCACCUGGACCCUCUGGAAAUGACGACGGCUACAAAUAUUGAUACCACUACCAGUAACAGUAACAGUAACAGUAACAGUAACAGCAACAGUACCAGCCAUAUAAGAUAAUCCGUUUCCGAAUACCAAUACGUCAUAUCACUAAAAUAUAUCCCAGUCUCUUCAGAUUCUCAUUUAUCCUUUGUUUCGACUACUGUAUUUUUCAAAAAAAAAA